AUGAGAGAACAAAAUUCGAAUUUCUCACAUGAAGUACAAAAUAAAUUUCAUCCUAGUAACAUAUUACUUUUUGGCUUAUUUACAGACAAAAGGAAUGCAAAUGAAAAAGAUUUACUAACUGGUAGUUUAGACCCUAUGAAUUUACUUAGGAAUGUCCAAAUCAAUGAGAAACUUGAAAAUGGUAAAUUCGCAAAUGUGGCAGUGUUGUUUCAAAUGGUUCAAUUUUUAUUCGAUGUUCCCUGUGUUAUUGCAUACCAAAGGCAAAUUUUAGCUGCUACGAUACAUCCUAUAUAUUCAUGUGUUGGAACAUAUGCGCAAUUACUCAAUAAAAUAUAUUUUAGCAGUUACCAACAUUCGAAUGAAAUAAUAUCUAGAACUAGUAUAUAUAAUAAUAUAUUAUAUAAGUUGGGCAAUUCCAUAAAAGAUUUAUUAAACAAUUUAUUGAGCUUGAAACUAUUUUCAGAAUGCGUUCAACUUCAUUUGGAGGGUACUCUAAUGCAGCUUACUAAAAUUUUUGGAUCAUUACAUGCCGGCAUUAUUCCUAAAUUAUUAUGGACUGAACAGCUAUACCGAAGAUGUGCUAAAUCAAUGACAAUUAAUUUAUUAAAAUUUGACAAUAUAGUGAAUAAUCCAAAAACAUAUAGUAAAAACGAAUGCGAUAACAUAAUAGUCUUGCUCAAAAAUAAAAUCGAAGAUGCUAAUUCGUUUGUUAACGUUUUAAAUCUGUACAAGGAAGAUUACCAUAAUAUUAUAUACCCCAUGCAAAUAUAUAAUAAUACCAUAUUUAAAAAUAAUAUUAAACGUAAUAUUGUAAAAGAAAAUAGUCGUAGUUACCACUUGAAGACUAAUUAUAGUUAAUUUAUACUAAUUAAUCAAAAGAAUAACUUUUUCUAUAGUGGAAAUAACUGCACUUAAAAAAAUAUUUUAAUUAAAGUAUAAAAAUUUCUUAAUUUGAGAAUAAGUAGAACAUAUGUUUUUGUGUUAUUAUAAAAAUAUUAAUAAAGUUUGUUACUGUUAAUUUUAUUUUAAGAUUAUGAUACAAGAUGAUUUUUGUAGCAAGUUAAAAUUUUAUUCAUAUAUUAGUAAAUCAACCAAUGCAAAAUAAAAUUUUUAUUUUUCAUUAAAA